AUGGCAGCUCGUGCAGCCGCCCAAGCCGCAUAUCGCGGCCACCCACCUCAUCAGCGGCAGCCUAUCGUUCAGCAAUAUGCACAGCCGCCCAUGCCUCAGUAUGCACAGCCACCCAUGCCAGGGAUGCAGCUUGUGGACCCAAAUGAUGCAGCCGCCUUCGAAGGCAUGCGUCUCACCGUCGCUCCCGAUGGGUCGUAUGCCUACCUGACUCCCAUUCAUUCACCCAUUGUCAGCGACUAUUCGAUGAGCGACGCGUCAAGCGGCAGCUUCAGCCCGGUGCCGAGUAUCUAUCAUCCGAAAUCCCCGCACGAUGUCUCUGGGCUAUGCCAAGGAGACGCUCAUCAGACUACUGGUCCACCGCCAACUUUCGGGGAUACCAGUCACUCUUGGCCGAUGCGGAAGACAAGCGAUGCCUACACCGGCCAGAUCCAAGGGCGCGUGUCGAGGAGCGAGAACGACGCGUUCCGAGAGCGGGCAUUCGCGGAGCGCCGCCGACGCCAGGAGGCCUACAAGCGAUGUGGCAAGAUGGAGCUCCCAAAGCCUGCCUACAUCGGUAAGGGCAAGCAGCGUGCCGUCGAACCACGGAAGUCCUCCCAGGGCAGCUCGGAGAAGCACUCUUUGCGCUCCAACAUCUCUCGCGUCUCCAGACGCAUGAAGAGCAUCUUCAGCCGUUCGUCUUGA